GGAGCCACAAUGACAAAGGAGGUCCUCUUGAGCAAUCUGGACGACCUUGGAGAAGAUGACUUUAAGCGAUUCAAGUGGUUCCUGAAAGAUGAACGACUGAAAGACUCCUCAACCAUCCCAUGGAACAAGCUGGAGAAGGCAAAGACAUGGGAGACAGUCGAUCUGAUGAUCCAGACCUACACACUUCCUGGAGCUGUGGAGGUGACCAAGCAGGUUUUAAAGAAGAUCAACAGGAAUGAUCUACUGCAGAGUUUGGAAACAAAAGUGGAUGUCAAUGAUGUUGGAAAGACUUUAGAGAACAGAGGACCUUCCUCCUCUCAGUGGGAAGGUAAAACUCCUGUAUUCUCUGAUGGGAUUGUUUACCAAAAAAAGCUUCAAUCAAAUUUCCAAGACAAGUUUAUGUGUGCACAAGAGGGGCAGCAGCAGUCCUGCUUUAUCAGCGCGGACCGACGGCAGCUGGGACCAGUUCAGAGCCGGACUGGAGCCCGAUGGGGGUCAGAGUGUGAGGAGGACAUGUGA